AUGAGUCUCAAGCUGGACAAUUUCCUUCGUCCCUUCAAGGGCAAGGGGGACGAUUUCAAUGCAUUUCGCUCGAAAUUUGGUGUGUUGGCCAAAAUAUCAAAAUGGACGUCGGAUGACGACAAGAUGAAACACCUUCCGCUCUUUCUGGACGGCGACGCGUUUCUUGUGUAUGAUCGAUUGUCGGACACCGACAAGGCAGAUCCGGAUGUUGUGUUCGGCAAGUUGUCAUCUGCGUUCGCCGUGACGAAGUCGCAGGCAUACGGCCUGUUUGUACAGCGUAAGCUGAAACCCGAUGAGUCGGUGGACGCGUACGUCGCCGAUCUGCAGCGGUUGCUAGGCCUGUCUGGUCACAGCGCGACUGAUGAUGAGGAUACUGUCGUGAUAGAACAGUUCAUCAGUGGGUUACCCGUAGAAUUUAUCCAGCCCCUGCGCAUGGCCACUGCUGGGAAAAAGUUGAAAGUGUCCGAGUGCGUGGAGCAGGUACGUGCUCUACAAGCUACGCAUGCUGAUUGUACACGCAGUCCGAUGGUGGUCGCCAGUGCUGCACCUGGAGGUAAUGGAGGUGCGUCCCGCAGCGUAUUUUGCCACCAGUGCCACGAGCCUGGACAUAUUCAGCGGAACUGUCCUCGCCGAAAGAGGCACCAUGAUCGGCAUGGCGGUGGAGAACGAACAUGCUUCUUCUGCGACAAGCCUGGCCAUGUCAAGUCUACGUGCCCGGAGCGCAAAGCUUGGAUGGCGGCUUCCGCUGGCAAAUCUGCUGCCGGGGUGUCAAAAGCUGACAAGAAAGCCCCAGUCCUGUGCAUUUCAAGUGCCUCUGGUCCUGGCACCCUCCCGAGAAUGCAUGCGGACGUACGUCGUUGUGGUGUCAAGUGUAACUGGGAACGUGUCACCGCUGUUAUUGACAGUGGGUCAACCCAUACACUGAUCUCUGCUAGCUGCACCUCAGUACUGCCCGCCAACUGCCCGGUCGAUCGCACGUCGAAUGUGCUCGUUGCCUUGGAUGGCCAACCAUUGCCUGUCGUUGGGACUGUUCGCCUGACGCUGAAACGUACUGACGGCCCAGUCCAUCUCUCACCAAUCGAGGUUACAGCCACUGUCGUCAAGAGUUUGGAUGCUGUGGAUGCCUCCGUGCUAAUCGGGACAGACCUCAUUGCUGCAGCUGGUGGUCUCAGCCUACAGUAUGACAAUGACAACUUAUUGUGUGGUGUCCGUUUCGGUCAGGCCGUGACUGCAGCUGUUCCAGGUACUCCUCCGAUGGUGCAUCCUUCUCCGUAUGUGUCCGUAAGUUCUGAUGGUGAUGACACUGUGUUGCAUACGGAUGAUGGUGAGGCCAGAUGGCGCGCGGACAAGCAGUACUGGGAGGUGAAAUGGUCCUGGAAAGAUGAUGUUGCACCCAGCGAGCCUGUCGGCCAUGGCAUCGGCGAGUAUUCUCGCUCCAAGCUGACACCAGACCAAGAGGGUCUUUUCCAGGCCGAGGUUCAGAAGUGGCUGGAUAGUGAUUUCCUCGUUCCCCAUAAUCGGGAACUUCAUGGUGACCCUGUGGCUGUUCUACCCUUGCUGGCUCAAGUACAGGAGCACAAGGGCACCACACCGGUCAGACCGUGUCUGGACUAUCGUCUCCUGAACCGCCGUCUUACUUCGCAGCCUGGUCGCGAUGCUCCUGUGUGUGAGGAGGCCCUCCGACGCUGGCGAAGUGAUGGCCGCCCUGAAGAGUACUGUUUGCUUGAUAUCCGCAAGGCGUAUCUACAAGUUCGUGUCGCUCCGGACUUGCUGAAGUUCCAGACAGUGAUGUGGAACGGCCGUGUCUACACUAUGACUCGGAUGGGCUUUGGCCUCAAUGUCGCCCCGAAGCUGCUGACGAUGAUUGUCCAAUGGGUCACGCGCGACUUUGCAGGCGUCGAUAGUUACAUCGACGAUAUCCGCACGCCCAUUGCAUGCCGUGAUGCACUCGCUACUCGUUUAGCCGAAUUUGGUCUCCCGACGAAACCUGCCGAGCCACUCAUCACUGCUCGUGUUCUUGGUCUGCAGCUCGCUCAGGACGACAAUGGCAUUGUUAACUGGUCGCGCCGCGCUGGUGUCGAUCUACAGCUGCCUCGGCCUGCUACCAAGCGCUCGUUAUUUAGCUGGUGUGGUCGUUUGACGGGCCAUGUUCCUAUCUGUAACUGGCUCCGUCCCGCUUGCAGCUUCAUCAAGCGCCUGAUUGGUGCGAGCACCGCCUGGGACGACCCGGUCCCCGAUAAUGUGUUGCGGCUCUGCACGGAGGUUGAAACCAAGCUGCAACAGCAUGGUGACCCUGCACGUGGUCGGUGGUGGACGAGCCCUGACGGUGGUUCUGACUGUGCUGUGUAUGUCGAUGCAUCUGAUGUUGGCCUGGGUGUAGUCGUGUCCGUUGAUGGCCAAGUGAUGGAAGAUCGCUCGUGGCUACGUCCGAAAGACGACAAGCGACAUGUCAAUGUCGUUGAGCUGGAGGCUGCAAUCAAGGGCCUUUCUCUCGCCGUGGCCUGGAAAUUCUCUUCUGUCCGUCUGGUCACCGACUCGAAAACAUCAGCUGCCUGGCUCCGUGAUGUCGUCAACAAUGUGCGCCGUGUGAAGACAAGCGGCCUGUAUGAUGUCCUGGUUCAACGCCGCCUGCAGAUCAUUGCUGACCUGAUUGUCAGCGCACAGCUCCGUGUCACCAUCGAGUGGGUAGCAUCUGCCGCCAACCCUGCUGACGUCCUGACUCGAGUCCCUGCUACGUGGAUCCAGCUGAGCAAGAAGUUGACCGCUACUGCUGAAGCACCUGCCAGUGUUAGUGCUGCCGUGACAACUCCGGUUGCCACCAUUGUUGGUCCUGUGCUGUUGACUGACAUUACUUCUGCUCAGAGUACUGACCAACUGAUUCAGACUGUGAUCACUCAACUCGAGCAGGAUCUGCCUGUUGCUCGUGAGUACAGCAAGGUGAGACCCCAGUUAGUGGUCUGUGAUGGUGUUCUGUUUCGCAGUGUGAAGUUGCCUGUUGACGGCCUUGUGCUAGUGCCUGUCAUUCCAGUCUCGGUUAUCUCUUCUGUGCUGUCUGCCGCUCAUGUCAAUUCUGGCCAUGGUUCGUGGUCCACGAUGUAUAGCUUGCUGCGCUGUCGCUGCUUCUUCCCUGGCAUGGGUAGUGCAUGCGAGGAGUUUGUUGCCAAUUGCGCUGAUUGCCGUGCUGCCAGUCCUCUGCGGGGACCUGCUGCUGCUGCCUCUCGACCCGAUAUCCCCGGUCGUCCGUGGGGCGAGGUCACUAUCGACACUCUUGAACUUGGUCUAGACAAGAGUGCGACUCAUCAUUGUGUCUUGGUUUGUGUCGACUCAUUUACGAAGUGGGUUGAAGUCAUCCCUCUGCGUCGUCAUGAUGCCGUGUCUGUUGCCGCUGCUUUCGCUGGUGUAUGCAAGCUCUGGGGUGCCCCCGACAUUGUCCGCAUGGAUAACGGCACGGAAUUUCGUAAUGCCAUUGUGGAGUCGUUGUUCAGUCUCAUGGGUGUCCGUGUGCGUACCGGUGCUGUUCGACACCCUCAAUCGCAGGGCUCUGCUGAGCGUGCCAAUCGUACUCUGCUCGGCCUCAUCCGGAAAGUCCUCGAUGGCUCUUCGGACUGGAGGGGUGAAUUGGAUAUGCUCCUGUUUUUCUAUCGCAAUCGACCUCACAGUGCCACUCGCCUGUCGCCGAUGGAAGCCAUAGUGGGCUGGAAACCCCCUCACUUCAUUAUUGCCGACACCGCUGAAGCGUGUAGCCUCAGUGACUGGGCCACGAAACAUGCAAAGCGGUCUGCUCGGAUUCGUGAUCUGAUCGAUGCUGAGCUCUCGGCGAGCGACUUCGUCGAAGAAGAGUCACACUGUCCCUAUGCUGUUGGUGAUCACGUGAUGUUGCAGCGCCCAGAUCGCCAUCAGAAGCGCCUUGCACCCUAUGAGCGUGGCUGGAAAGUGAAAGCAAUCGUAAGUCCAAUGACUGUGGUGAUUGAAAAGCCAGGUUCGGACAACCGCCGAGUGUCCGAGAAGGUUAUCAACAUUGCCUUGUUGAAGAAGGAUCUUCCCGAUGCUGCUGAUGUAGCUGCCACAGAGGCUAGCCUGAAUAGUGACGAGGAAGAUGACAAUGGUAUUGGUGUCACCAUUGAUGUUGCUCCAACUGCCGGAUAUGCGCUACGACCUCGUGGCCAGCUCCAGGCGCCAGCACGUUACCGUGAGUGA